AUGGGUUCUUCUCUUAACACAUCAUUUGCUUCCAUCAAAAUUCUGAUCUUCACAAUUAGCCUUAUUUGCCUUCUGACUGAGCUUGCAGUUGCAAAACACACUGGGAGGAUAACAAGGCAUUACAAGUUUGAUAUAAAGAUGCAAAAUGUGACAAGACUCUGCCACACCAAAAGCAUAGUGACAGUGAAUGGACAAUUUCCUGGGCCUAGGAUCAUAGCAAGGGAAGGAGACCGUGUGGUUAUCAAGGUUGUUAACCAUGUCAGCCACAAUCUCACCUUGCAUUGGCAUGGUGUGCGGCAGCUAAGGAGUGGAUGGGCAGAUGGGCCAGCUUAUGUGACUCAAUGCCCCAUACAAACAGGGCAGAGCUAUGUCUACAACUUUACCAUUAUUGGCCAAAGAGGAACUCUGUUCUGGCAUGCCCACAUCUCUUGGCUAAGGGCAACUGUCUAUGGACCCAUUGUUAUUCUCCCUAAGAGAAAUGUUCCCUACCCAUUCACAAAACCCUACAAGGAAGUCCCAAUUAUCUUUGGAGAGUGGUGGAAUGCGGAUACUGAAGCAGUUAUCAAACAAGCUAUGAGAAUAGGGUUAGCUCCUAAUUUGUCUGAUGCCUACACCAUUAAUGGUCUCCCUGGACCCUUAUACAAUUGCUCUUCCAAAGAUACAUUCAAGUUGAAGGUGAAACCAGGGAAGACAUAUCUCUUACGUUUGAUCAAUGCUGCAUUGAAUGAUGAACUCUUCUUCAGAAUUGCCGAUCACAGCCUAACUGUUGUUGAGGCAGAUGCUAUAUAUGUGAAGCCAUUCAAGACAGAUACUAUCCUUAUUACUCCAGGACAAACUACCAAUGUCCUUCUCAAGACCAAACACCAUCACAUCUCCACUACAACCUUUCUCAUGGCUGCUAGACCUUAUGCUACUAUCACUACCUUUGACAAUUCCACCACUUCUGGGAUUCUAGAAUAUGAAAAGCCCUUAAAUUCCACAAUCAACAAGAACAAGAAGAAGCUUGUUCUCUUGAAACCAACACUCCCAGUCUUUAAUGAUACUACCUUUAGUGACAAUUUUGCCAAGAAACAUAGGAGCUUAGCCACUACUCAAUUCCCUGCAAAAGUUCCACAGAAAGUUGAUAAACAGUUCUUCUUCACUGUAGGAUUGGGACUCAGUCAAUGCUCUAAGAACAGUACUUGCCAAGGUCCUAAUAACACAAGAUUGGCAGCUGCCAUUAACAAUGUUUCCUUUGUGCAACCAACCACAGCCCUCCUCCAAGCUCAUUUUUUCCGGCAAUCUCGCGGAGUUUUCACCACAGAUUUCCCCACCAACCCACCAUUCCUUUUCAAUUACACAGGGGCACCGCCUAACAAUAUCAUGGUGAAGCGUGGGACUAAAGUGGUAGCAUUGCCAUUUAACACAACUGUGGAGCUAGUGAUGCAGGACACUAGUGUUCUUGGUGCUGAGAGUCACCCUCUCCACCUUCAUGGCUUCAAUUUCUUUGUGGUUGGUCAAGGAUUUGGCAACUUUGAUCCUAAGAAUGACCCUGCAAAAUUUAAUCUUGUUGAUCCCAUGGAGAGGAACACUGUUGGGGUUCCAUCUGGUGGUUGGGUCGCCAUUCGCUUUCUUGCGGAUAACCCAGGUGUAUGGUUUAUGCACUGCCACUUGGAAGUCCACACCAGCUGGGGUCUGAAGAUGGCAUGGGUAGUCAUGGAUGGGAAGCUACCCAAACAAAAGUUGCCGCCUCCACCGUCUGAUCUCCCCAAGUGUUGACCUUUGACCAUAGUUUAGUCCCAUUUGAACUCUUUUUUUUUUAGGGUUUCAA